CUGACUGGUACCCCGAAGGGUCCUGAACACCACCCACAUACACACGUGUGCUGUGAGCAGUUGCCAUGGCGGACCUACAGAUGAAACUUCUCCGCAAGAAAAUUCAAAAAAGAAGUGAUAAGAACAAAGAGCGCAAACUACUGAAGGCGCAGACAGAAGAAGAGACGGUAAACUCAAACGGGCAGGAAAAGCAGCCAGCAACUGAUUGUAAAUCCGACAGCAAACUCAAGAAAAUCCAGAAGAAACAGAUAUCAGUGGAUGGGACCACAACAGAGGACACUCUGAAGAAGACUGAGAAGAAGAGAAAGCUUGCUGACACUGCUGGAUCACCAGUUGAGAAGAAGACCAAAACUGUGAAAGAAGCAGAAGAGGAUGAGGAGGGCGCUGUAUUAGCAGAUGGAGAACAGGAUAUAGACAAACCAGAGGAAGCUUCAGAUGAUGAGGAAGAGGGGGACAAAACCGGAGAGGAAGAUGAUGAAGAGGAAGAUCAACCUGAAUUACCAUCUGGUUUAACGGGAGCAUUUGAGGACACGUCCUUUGCCUCUCUUGCUGAGCUGGUGAGUGAGAACACGCUGAAAGGAGUGAAGGAGAUGGGCUUUGAACACAUGACUGAGAUCCAGCACAAAAGUAUUCGUCCCCUGCUGGAGGGAAGGGAUGUUCUGGCUGCUGCCAAGACAGGAAGUGGUAAAACCUUGGCCUUCCUCAUCCCGUCUAUAGAGCUCAUCUUCAAACUUAAGUUCAUGCCCAGAAAUGGCACUGGUGUAGUGAUCCUCACACCCACACGUGAGUUGGCAAUGCAGACUUACGGCGUGCUGAAGGAGCUGAUAACACACCAUGUGCACACCUUCGGGCUGAUCAUGGGGGGCAGCAACCGCUCAGCUGAGGCCCAAAAACUGGCCAACGGGGUCAACAUAGUGGUGGCCACACCGGGCCGUCUGCUGGACCACCUGCAGAAUACACCUGGGUUCAUGUACAAGAACCUCCAGUGUCUGAUCAUUGAUGAGGCCGACCGUAUCUUAGAGGUGGGCUUCGAAGAGGAGCUGAAGCAGAUCAUCAAACUGCUGCCGAAGAAGAGACAGACCAUGCUGUUUUCAGCCACGCAGACCCGUAAGGUGGAAGACUUGGCUCGCAUCUCCCUGAAGAAGGAGCCCCUGUAUGUCGGCGUGGAUGACAACAAAGACAAUGCCACUGUGGAUGGGCUGGAGCAGGGUUAUGUGGUUUGCCCGUCAGAGAAGCGCUUCCUGCUGCUCUUCACCUUCCUGAAGAAGAACCGCAAGAAGAAGCUCAUGGUCUUCUUCUCCUCCUGCAUGUCUGUGAAAUUCCACUAUGAACUACUCAACUACAUCGACCUACCAGUCAUGGCCAUCCAUGGAAAGCAGAAGCAGACCAAACGUACCACCACCUUCUUCCAGUUCUGCAACGCUGACUCAGGCAUCCUGCUGUGUACUGAUGUGGCAGCUCGAGGCCUGGACAUUCCCGAGGUGGACUGGAUCGUCCAGUACGACCCCCCAGAUGACCCCAAGGAGUACAUCCACAGGGUGGGCAGAACAGCCAGAGGCAUCAACGGCAGAGGCCACGCGCUGCUGAUCCUCCGACCAGAGGAGCUCGGCUUCCUCCGCUUCCUGAAACAGGCCAAGGUCCCAUUGAGUGAGUUUGACUUUUCUUGGAGUAAAAUCUCUGAUAUCCAGUCCCAGCUGGAUAAACUGAUUGAGAAGAACUACUAUCUCCACAAGUCAGGCCAAGAGGCCUACAAGUCCUACGUGAGAGCUUACGACUCCCACUCGCUCAAACAGAUCUACAGCGUGAGCACCCUGAACCUCCCCAUGGUGGCGCUGUCGUUCGGCUUCAAAGUUCCUCCAUACGUUGAUCUGAACGUCCACAGCGGUAAAGGUGGAAAGCUGCAGAAGCGAGGCGGUGGAGGCGGCUUUGGAUACCAGAAGUCCAAAUUUGGACAGAAAUCCAGAAUCUUUAAGCACGUCAACAAAGGAAAGAGUGACGGGAGGCAGUUCUCACGCUGAAGCCCGUCAAGUGACUGAUUCCUCUUCUGUGUAUUUGAAGAACUGCCAUUUAUUACAUGAACGUUCUGCUUUGAACAGUGUGCAGGGCACCAGCUGUCCUGUAGGAUGUGAUGAGUAUUUUGUGAAUGUGCUGCUGAAGAUGUGGCUGCAUUCCUCUGUGGACUCCUUGUUCUGGAAUAUUACAUCUGCUUUCUUUUGUUAUGUAGACUUUGCUAUUUACAAUGAAGUCACUUGAUAUGAACCAUG